GAAUUCCCAAAUCUCUGCUGUUUGCAGAUUUACAAUGAAAUGGUGAAUCCACAGACUGGGACCAAAAAAGAUCUUCUCAGCUCUUUAAUUUGAACCACAGUGAACUGUCUGCCAACACCCGGCAUGGCUAAAAGUGCAGAGGUCAAACUGGCAAUAUUUGGAAGAGCAGGCGUGGGCAAGUCAGCUCUUGUAGUGAGAUUUCUGACCAAACGCUUCAUCUGGGAAUAUGAUCCCACCCUCGAAUCAACCUACCGACACCAAGCGACCAUUGAUGAUGAAGCUGUCACCAUGGAGAUACUAGAUACUGCUGGUCAGGAAGACACCAUUCAGAAGGAAGGACACAUGCGAUGGGGAGAAGGCUUUGUGCUGGUCUAUGACAUUACUGACCGGGGAAGUUUUGAGGAAGUCCUGCCACUUAAGAACAUCCUGGAUGAGAUCAAAAAGCCCAAGAAUGUGACUCUCAUCUUGGUUGGAAACAAGGCUGACUUGGACCACUCCAGACAGGUUAGUACAGAGGAAGGGGAGAAGCUGGCCACAGAAUUGGCCUGUGCUUUUUACGAGUGUUCUGCCUGCACCGGAGAAGGGAACAUCACCGAGAUAUUCUACGAGCUGUGUCGAGAGGUGCGGCGCCGGAGGAUGGUCCAGGGCAAGACGAGGCGACGCAGCUCCACCACCCACGUCAAGCAAGCCAUUAAUAAAAUGCUCACCAAAAUCAGCAGCUAGGCAGCUCUGUUCUUGGGAAGGCCCUGCGCAGGUGGGUCAGGUCAUCGGAAACAUUUUCUUGCUUUUUGUUUCUCCCCCCAAAUAAAAUACUCCAUUCCUCGUUCUGACUCUGGGCAACGUCUGGGCUUCCCAUGGGUCCCAGCCUCCCAUAUGUUGGGAAGUUAUCGAGUGUUUUAAUGCCGUUUCAGUCCUGACAAUCUCUCCUUUUCCUGCUUGAAUAAAAUGCUCUUUACUGCAGUUUGAAUAUGUAAUCACCAGAUUCUGAAAUGGCUGGGUUCGUAAAGCUAUUUUUAGGCACCUUCACCUUGCUUCAGUAGGUUAAAGUCUUUUCAAAGGCAUUUUAAAAUUCCAUUCCUUGUCAAAGUCUACAAAUGAUCACCUUAGAAGUCUAAGAUGAUAGAAAAUACAGUGAAAACACGGGAAGAAUGGCUGAGAGGUAGGACCAGGGAAUAGAGUCUUAGUUCCUAUUUGAAGAGAAGAUUUUCUGAAUUAUCUUAAAUCAUCUAGUUGCUUUUUUUUUAAACCCUUGUCUGGUUCUUAAAUUCAAAUAUGUUCUCACAAAGUUUUCCAUGGUCCUAGAGAGUUUCAUUUCAGGUUGAGCUGGUUCUCUCCAUGAUCUAUUGAUUACUACACCCUAAUUGUUCUUCUGUGGCUCCAAUAAAAUUCAAUUAUUACAGAGACAGCAGGGGCCCCUCAAUUCAGCUCCUGCUAGGCCACUUCUCACCCAGCCCAGGGUGAUGGAAAGACAAUAGGAAACUUUUCACCAAACCCUGAGGAUUUAGAAUCAGAGGUGUCUCAUUCAUUUCUCUCCCUACUUAAUCAUUUUAGCAGAAAGACAACAUUCCAAAAUACAGGAGCAUUAAGAAUGAAGCUUAACAACCCUUCUGUUGGGAAGCCCAGGCUCUGUUCGAGGCACAGUAAGAAGAAUUAGCCUGUGAUUCAUUAGGUUGGCUCUGAGGCUUCUAAUAUUUUGGAUUAAUUAAUUCACUUAGGAGAAUUCAGAAAAGAAUGAGUGAUUAAAGUUCACUAUACCUGAAUAAAUGUGUACAAAACAGAUUCUUUUAUUGUGAAAGUACAGUCAAUAACUGAUAAAGCAUUAUGAUUCUUUUUUUUUCCCUGUUAUGCCCCCAUAUAUCAAGAUUUGGGCACUUUAUUUUAGAAGAAAAUAUAUAUCUUUUACAUACGUGCGUAUUUAUAAAUGCAUAGAUAUAUGUGUAAAAAUGUGUAAGAGCUGGAGGCUUUAAUUCACCAAUGCAUUCGGACAACUCGUUGUAACUGACUAUUUUAUGUGACUAUAAUAAAAAGCAUAAUUUUCACGUUCUGUCACA